AGCCGGACUCCGGCCGCAUCGGGAGGCUGCCUUGACCCCGCGCGGAGGGUCCGCCCCGUUGUUGUGUAAGCCGCCCCGCGGGCCGGCGACUGAGCUGGCCGCGGCGGCCGCACCGGCUCGGGCUCUGCCAAGGGACCCGGCCUGUCCCAGUGCGGCCGGCGGGCGGUGCCCGGCAGACCCUGCACCUGACUGCGAGGCGCGGGAAAUGACCGGGUGUCUCUGUCAGCCUCCCAGCGCGGCUUCGGUCUACAGGUCAGGAUGGCUAACUGGCUGGCUCCCUACGUGGUGCCCUACGUCUACAUUACACCUUAAAGAAGCUGAAGAGAAGAUGUUAAAAUGUGUCCCUUGCACAUACAAAAAAGAACCUGUUCGUAUAUCUAAUGGAAAUAAAAUAUGGACACUGAAGUUCUCUCAUAAUAUUUCAAAUAAGACUCCACUUGUCCUUCUACAUGGUUUUGGAGGAGGUCUUGGGCUCUGGGCACUGAAUUUUGGAGAUCUUUGCACCAACAGACCUGUCUAUGCUUUUGACCUAUUGGGUUUUGGACGAAGUAGUAGACCCAGGUUUGACAGUGACGCAGAAGAAGUGGAGAAUCAGUUUGUGGAAUCCAUUGAAGAGUGGAGAUGUGCCCUCGGAUUGGACAAAAUGAUCUUGCUUGGGCACAACCUAGGUGGAUUCUUGGCUGCUGCUUACUCGCUGAAGUACCCAUCAAGGGUUAAUCAUCUCAUUUUAGUGGAACCUUGGGGCUUCCCUGAACGACCAGACCUUGCUGAUCAAGACAGACCAAUUCCAGUUUGGAUCAGAGCCUUGGGAGCAGCAUUGACUCCCUUUAACCCUUUAGCUGGCCUAAGGAUUGCAGGACCCUUUGGUUUAAGUCUAGUGCAGCGUUUAAGGCCUGAUUUCAAACGGAAGUAUUCUUCAAUGUUCGAAGACGAUACUGUGACAGAAUACAUCUACCACUGUAAUGUACAGACUCCAAGUGGUGAGACAGCUUUCAAGAAUAUGACUAUUCCUUAUGGAUGGGCAAAAAGGCCAAUGCUCCAGCGAAUUGGUAAAAUGCACCCUGACAUUCCAGUUUCAGUGAUCUUUGGCGCCCGCUCCUGCAUAGAUGGCAAUUCUGGCACCAGCAUCCAGUCAUUACGACCACAUUCAUAUGUGAAGACAAUAGCUAUUCUUGGGGCAGGACAUUAUGUAUAUGCAGAUCAACCAGAAGAAUUCAACCAGAAAGUAAAGGAGAUCUGCGACACUGUGGACUGAACACACUGAAGCUCUGAUGGGAAAACCUGGUUACUGAUACAGUUGUUCAGCAAUAAUUCAUAGUAUAUGCUGAAGAGUAAUGAAUACAACACAAGAACCAGGCAGACUUCUUGACUAUACUUUGCACAUGUUUUCUUUAGGAAUUCACUCGCACAUUUAAACCAGUUAGUGCCUUCUAGAAGAAUGGCUUUCCUUUCUCCUACACAAAAUUAAAAUAUACAAGUCUCUAAAUUUAAUACCUUUAAAUAAAAGGUUAUUUGUCCCUCUCAUGUACUGAAAAACUAAUUUUUCAGCUGAAAAAUUUUUAAUCUAAUUUUGCUAAUCAGUUACUUUUUAUAUUGCAAUCUAUAUUGCCAAUUUAGGAAGUGAUUUCUGAGUCUCUUACACUGUAAAGGUGCACUUUAUUUUCUUUGUCUUCCCCAUCAUGUAUUUAUUGUGUCUGAUGACUGAUAUUAAUCUAAAUUCAAUGUGUUUUUAUGUAAAAAAAUCUGUCAGUUGUUUAGAAUAUUUCACUUUGUUUUUGAAAUGGAGCGACAAGGCAGAGUUUUGGUUAAAGGAUGGGAGUUGAUCACUAUCAUUACUUUUUCUAGUUUACCUCUUUUUUAUAUUUAAGGCUGCUAAGCCAUGUUCAGCAUUUUAAAUGUGGUCUAUCCUGACAUACACAGUGUAUAACAACAUAACUCCUUGGAACCUCCUAUGUGUGGUAUGAUUCUACACUUCCAAGGAACAUGACUUCAAUACUUCAGUGAUUCAGGUACUGAAAAGCCUUAGCUAAAAGGCUGUUCUUUGUUUCUCCCUUUCAUACUAUUCUUUUCCAUGACCCAGGAUACAGCAAAUGAAACAAAUUUCUUCACUUAAGGGGAUAUUAAGACUGUUACUUCCUAGUAAGCUGAGUAAUGUCAUAUUUUUAUUAACAUCUAACUUUUGUAGAUGGGUGCUAAAAAUGCAUACAUUUUAACCACUAAAAUAGAAAAACAGGUGGUGCUAUUAUGUCUCAUGGCACCAGAAAUGAGCUAGCACUUGGGUUUGUUGUUGUUGUUGUUUAUUAAGAGUAUUGUGUUAAUUAAAUCAUUACAUACUUGAAGUUAUAUUACAAAAAUUCUAAAAGGUUGAUUGAACUAUUUUUUUAGGAACUACCAUCAAGUGUAGAAUUUUCUUGCAGUUUUAAAAUGAGGAAAACUUCUUUGAAACUGUGAAAAAGCUCCAUGUGGUAACUGGCUGCUGAGAAAACCCUUCACCAAAAAAAUAAAUAAAAAUUGAAUAGGAUUGUCAUCAAGAAGGCAUCUUUGGCUAACAUUGCUUGUCCAGGAGAAAGGUAGCUAUGUAAAUAAAAACAGUGAACUAGAGCAAA